UUAGUGAAGAAGGAUGGUAAAAGGAAAAAAAGUUUUAGUUUUAUUCAUUUUUGUAUUUUUAUGAAAGAUUUAUCCAACUGUAGAAAAUGCUAUCUGCCAGUCAAACAUUCGACCCUAUUUGCUUUUUUUGUUUUCUUAAGUUUGGUAUUCAGUGUAACCCUAGAGCACUUACGCUAUAAUAAGUUACACCAUCACUUUUGCUGAGUCAUUUUUACCUGAUAUAAAAUACCCAAUAAAGAGUAUUUGUCAUAAAAUAAAUUAAAAUAUGACAACACAAGAUAAGUUAGAGUAGUUUUCUUUUAUUUUCAACUGUGGUUUAUCUAAGAAAAUGGAAAAUGAAAAAAAAAACGUGCUCGAAAAUAAAAAUAAAUGAAUAAAAAUAAUGAUACUAGAGACUUGGCCUUUGGUCCUCUCAUUCCUGGGACAUAUGAGACUUUACCCCAGAACCCAUGACACUUAGAAAAAUCCAGAAAACCAUAUAAAUACUUCAGCUUGGGUGAAAAUCACCCGCCGACUGCUCUAAGGUUAAGCUGCCCUGUAGCUUCUCGCCUGCAGCAUAUCUGAGUGAAAUUAUUACUCGACUUUUUCAACUGUCACUUCUCUUCUUCGCCCCCCCCUGCCCCCGUAUCCAUCCCCAAGCAUGGCCUGCCACUGGUUACCAAUCUAAAUUUAAACCACAGCAGGGCCAACUGCUCCUCCAGCCACUCUGGGCUCCUGUUAUUUUCCUCUCUGCCGAGAUGAGCUUUUCUGUCAGAGCUCCUUGGGCUGGAGGGGAGGUCUGUGGCUCUGUGUGAGGGAGUCGGGAGGAGAAGGGAGACAGGGGUGGGGGGAUCUACUGUAGUCCGGCGUCCGGGGAUCAGAGGCCCGAUGAAAGGAGGGAGUAAAGCUGUACCUGUGUGGUGGAUUUUACACUGAGAGCUCAUACAUUUUUGUGUUUUUUUUUUGUUUUUUGAAUUGGGAGUUUGUGUCAGAGUAAGGCCUCGGAAUGGCUUCCAACGCAGCAGGCGACAAAUCGUUCAUCAUGAACGAGGAGGAGCUGAAGAGGAAGCAGAGGGAGAAGCUGAAGAAGCUCCAGGCCACAGGAGGAAACCCUCGCCCUGCAAGAACCCUUUUCUUAUUCUCCCUCAAAAAUCCCUUCCGCAAGGCUUGCACCAACAUCGUGGAGUGGAAAACUUUUGAGAUCAUCAUCUUAUUGACCAUCUUUGCAAACUGUGUGGCUUUAGCCGUCUUCCUGCCCAUGCCUGAAGAAGAUAGCAAUAACACCAACUCUAGUCUGGAGAGUCUGGAGUAUAUCUUCUUGAUCAUCUUUACUUUGGAGUGCUUCUUGAAGAUUGUGGCGUACGGUCUCGUGUUCCACGAAGGGGCCUAUUUACGGAACUGUUGGAACAUUUUGGACUUCGUCAUCGUCUUCAUGGGCUUGUUCACCUUUGCUUUGGAUACCAUCAAUAUGAUCGCAGGAGUACCGACAGAGAAGGGUGGAGGAUUUGACAUGAAGGCUCUAAGGGCCUUCAGGGUGCUCAGGCCCCUUCGCCUUGUUUCUGGAGUCCCCAGCCUUCAGGUGGUCAUGAACUCCAUCCUCAAAGCCACGCUGCCUUUGGUGCACAUUGCCCUGCUGGUCUUUUUGUUGGUCACCAUCUAUGCCAUCAUGGGCCUGGAGCUCUUCAAGUGCAAAAUGCACAAGACCUGCUACUACACGGGAACAAACAUCUACGCCACAGCGGAAGGGGAGCUGCCUGCUCCGUGUGCUCAGGCCGGUAACGGACGCCGCUGCUCCAUCAACGGCUCAGAGUGUCGCCCCGGAUGGGAGGGUCCAAACAAUGGUAUCACCCACUUUGAUAACAUUGGUUUUGCAAUGCUGACUGUGUACCAGUGUAUCACCAUGGAGGGAUGGACCAAGGUCCUCUACUGGGUUAAUGAUGCCAUCGGAAAUGAAUGGCCAUGGGUGUAUUUUGUUCCUCUCAUCCUGGUCGGUUCCUUCUUCGUUCUCAAUCUCGUUCUGGGCGUGCUCAGUGGAGAGUUUACAAAGGAGCGAGAGAAAGCCAGAUCACGAGGAGAAUUCCAGAAACUGCGGGAGCGUCAGCAGCUGGACGAGGACCUCCAUGGAUACAUGGAAUGGAUCACUCAUGCUGAAGUCCUGGACGCAGACAGAGAGGGCAAAGGUCUUCUACCUUUGACCAACGGGGACUCUGAAACAGACAGCCUGUACGAUCUGGAGGGCAAAAGUCGAAUCAUCUAUUACUACCGCCUGGCCCGUCGUUGGAACCGUUUCUUCAGGAUGAAAUGUCUGGUGUACGUGAAGACGAAGAGCUUUUACUGGCUGGUGAUGUUCCUCGUCUUCCUCAACACUCUGACUAUCGCCACAGAGUAUCAUCACCAGCCUAAAUCUCUGACUACCCUACAAGACGUGGCCAGUCGUGGACUGCUGGUGCUGUUUGUCCUCGAGAUGUUCGUGAAGCUGUAUGCUCUCGGACCAAGAGCGUACUUCAUGUCUCUGUUCAACCGCUUCGACUUCUUUGUGGUGCUGUGCGGCAUUCUGGAGAUGAUCAUGCUGUCGGCCGGAGCGGUCGCUCCGCUAGGUUUCUCUGUCCUCAGGUGUAUACGGCUCCUGAGGAUCCUCAAAGUUACUAAGUACUGGACUUCUCUGAGCAAUUUCGUGGCCUCUCUUCUCAACUCCGUUCGCUCCAUCGCCUCCCUUCUCCUCCUUCUCUUCCUCUUUAUUGUCAUCUUUGCUCUUCUGGGAAUGCAGGUUUUUGGAGGGAAAUUCAACUUUGAUCACAACCGACCCAUUCGCAGUAACUUUGACAACUUCCCCCAGGCGCUCAUCAGCGUAUUUCAGAUUCUGACAGGAGAAGAGUGGACUCUCAUCAUGAACAAUGGUAUCAUGGCUCACGGAGGGCCUGUCAUACCUGGCAUCCUGGUUUCCAUUUUCUUCAUCAUCCUUUUCGUCUGUGGAAACUAUAUCCUCCUGAAUGUCUUCUUGGCCAUCGCCGUCGACAACCUGGCAGAGGCGGAGAGUCUGACUUCAGCUCAGAAAGAAAAGGCAGAAGAGAAGCUGAAGAAGAAGCUGCUAAGGUCCAAAAUGCCAGAGAAGACGGAUGAAGAAAGGGAAAGGAUUGCUAAGAAACUGGCAGAGCAGAGGGCCAAGGUGGAGGGCAUGCCCACCACCGCCAAGCUUAAAGUCGAUGAAUUUGAGUCCAAUGUCAAUGAAGUGAAAGAUCCAUUUCCACCUGCUGAUUUCCCAGGUGACGAUGAGGAGGAAGAACCUGAAAUCCCCUUAAGCCCUCGGCCUCGACCGAUGGCGGACCUUCAGCUGAAGGAAGAGGCGGUCCCAUUACCUGAAGCCAGUUCUUUUUAUAUUUUUGGCCCUCAGAACAAGUUCCGUAAACUGUGCUACAAGAUCAUCAACGCUUCGUCCUUCACCAACUUAAUUCUACUUUUCAUCCUGCUCUCCUCCAUUUCACUGGCAGCUGAGGACCCCAUCGAUCCAAGGUCCUACAGGAACCAGAUCUUGGCUUAUGCUGACAUUGUUUUCACAACCGUGUUCACCAUUGAGAUCGUGCUCAAGAUGACCGUGUACGGCGCGUUCAUGCAUGAAGGCUCAUUCUGUCGUAAUUCUUUCAACAUCCUGGAUCUGAUCGUGGUCACAGUGUCACUCCUGUCCAUGGGAAUGGAGUCCAGUGCUAUCUCUGUGGUGAAGAUUCUCAGGGUGUUGAGGGUGCUGAGACCUCUCAGAGCCAUCAACCGAGCCAAAGGACUGAAGCAUGUGGUCCAGUGUGUGUUUGUGGCCAUUAAAACAAUUGGAAACAUUGUGCUGGUCACCAUGCUGCUCAACUUUAUAUUCGCCUGCAUAGGAGUCCAGCUGUUUAAGGGCAAAUUCUACAGCUGCACUGACCCCACCAAAAUGACAGCAGAAGAUUGCCAAGGAUACUUCAUAAAGCCCAUGGAGAACUCCCUCAAAGAGACGGUGCUGGCUAAAAGGGAAUGGAUCAACAGUGACUUCAACUUUGACAACGUGCUUAACGGAAUGUUGGCUCUGUUCACAGUUUCCACCUUUGAAGGAUGGCCAAAACUCUUGUACAGAGCCAUCGAUUCAGCUGAAGAAGAUUUCGGUCCAGUCUACAACAACCGCAUUGACGUGUCUAUUUUCUUCAUCAUCUACAUCAUCCUCAUAGCCUUCUUCAUGAUGAACAUCUUCGUGGGCUUCGUCAUCGUCACCUUCCAGGAGCAGGGCGAGCAGGAGUACAAAAACUGUGAGCUGGACAAAAACCAGCGUCAGUGUGUGCAGUACGCUCUGAAGGCUCGCCCUCUGAGGUGCUACAUCCCUAAGAAUCCCUUCCAGUACCGCGUGUGGUACAUUGUAACCUCCUGCUACUUCGAGUACCUCAUGUUCUUCCUAAUUAUGCUGAACACGUUGUGUCUGGGUAUGCAGCACUGUAACCAGUCAGACCACGUUACCAAGCUGUCAGACAUGCUGAACCUGAUCUUCACAGUACUCUUCACAGUGGAGAUGAUACUCAAGCUUAUGGCCUUCAAAGCUAAGGGCUACUUUGGAGACCCAUGGAACGUGUUUGACUUCAUUAUUGUCAUCGGUAGCGUUGUUGAUGUCAUCCUCAGUGAAGUCGACAGCGCCCUGGCCUCCAGUGGAGGGCUGUACUGUCUCCAUGGCUGUGCUGAGACAGAUCCUAUGCAAGAAAUUGCGGCGUCUGAAAACGCCUCAGUUUCCAUCACAUUCUUCCGACUCUUCCGUGUCAUGCGUCUGGUGAAGCUGCUGAACCGUUCAGAGGGCAUUCGUAACCUUCUGUGGACCUUCAUCAAGUCUUUCCAGGCUCUUCCUCAUGUAGCUCUGCUCAUUGUGAUGCUCUUCUUCAUCUAUGCUGUCAUCGGGAUGCAGAUCUUUGGAAAGGUCGCUUUAGUGGAUGGCACCCAAAUCAACCGCAACAACAACUUCCAGACAUUCCCACAGGCUGUGCUGAUGUUAUUCCGAUGUGCCACUGGAGAGGCUUGGCAGGAGGUGAUGAUGGCAUCGAUGUACGGCAAGAAAUGUGACCCAAAGUCUGACUUCCUGCCAGGAGAAGAGUACACCUGCGGGUCCAACUUCGCUGUCUUUUACUUCCUCAGCUUCUACUGUAUCUGUGCCUUCCUGAUCCUCAAUCUGUUUGUAGCUGUCAUCAUGGACAACUUUGACUACCUGACACGUGAUUGGUCCCUUCUUGGUCCACACCAUCUGGAUGAGUUUAAGAAGAUCUGGGCUGAAUAUGACCCUGAAGCCACGGGUAGGAUCAAACAUCUGGAUGUGGUGACUCUGCUAAGAAGGAUCCAGCCUCCACUGGGUUUUGGCAAGUUCUGUCCUCAUCGGGCUGCAUGCAAGCGAUUGGUUGGUAUGAACAUGCCGCUCAACAGUGACGGAACCGUCACCUUCAACGCCACCCUGUUUGCUCUGGUCAGGACUGCUCUUAAAAUCAAAACAGAAGGUAACUUUGAGCAGGCCAAUGAGGAGCUGAGGGCUAUUAUAAAGCAGAUCUGGAAACGCACCAGUAUGAAGCUGCUGGAUCAGGUCAUCCCUCCUAUCGGAGAUGAUGAGGUGACUGUGGGGAAGUUCUACUCCACUUUUCUGCUUCAAGACCAUUUCCGCAAAUUCAUGAAGCGUCAGGAGGAGUACUACGGCUACCGACCUUCAAAGAAGAGCGCCUCAGGCCCAGAGAUACAGGCCGGCCUGAGGAGCAUAGAAGAAGAGGCAGCACCAGAGAUGCACAGGACCAUUUCAGGAGACCUGCAGAACGAGGAGGAAAUGGAUCAGGCUCUGGCGGAGGCCGGAGAAGAAGCCAUUUUCCAGCGCUCACACGGUCUCUUUGGUAACCGAGUGGACUCCUUUGCUGAAGAGCCGGCCAACGCUCAGCAAUCCCAGAUGACCAGCCAGCGGCCCCUGCAGUUCUCCGAAAGCCAGCCGGAGUCUCCUCCGAACUCCUCUGCCUUCCUGACCGAUACAGAGUUCUUCCCCACGGCUCCACCGAGGAGCAACACAAACAACAACGCCUUUGCAGAAUUUAAUUUUGAGAGAGAAGGCAGUCCAGAAGAGUUCUACAAUCCUUAUGAGGAUCCAGUACCAGACAUAAAACGCUCCUGGAGAUUACCUGUCAGCUCAAACAAAACACAGUUUCCUUAUGAUCCCAGUUAUGGAGACACCCAGAGUCAAAGCUCCAGUACAACAGGUGACCAACUGGACCGAGAGGUUUUCGUAAAGGGAGGCGUUGACUCCUUGGGCAGAAACCCAAACUCUGAUUCUGUAGCAAAGAGGGAGACGGCUGCAGAUGGAAUGGAGGGGACCUCCCAGGACGUCGUCAUGGAACGCUCCAAGAAAAAGAGGCGUCCUGUCCCGGCCCCUCCCACAGCAAAACAACACACCGGCCCACCAGAUCCGGCCGUUAGGAGAAAGAAACGUUCAAUUCCCACAAUCCCUUGCCAGACAAAGUCAGACUCUGCAGUUUAAAGGCUAUGGGUUAUGAAAGAGGGGUUCUUAUGUUCUUAUGAAGGUCGUCUGUAUUUGUUAGCCUUCAUAAAGGCUUAAAGACAGAUCGAAUUUCCUUCUAUUUUGAGAACUAAACCUUCGUACUGGAGUAAACAUUUAAGUUUAUUCAUUCCACUGAGUAAACAAUGUCUUACUGAAGCCCUUAACACCGGAGCUCCAGUGUUUAUAUUCUUUUAUUUACUGUAAUUUUCUAAAUGUACAAUCAACGUAAUUCCAGUAGAUUUUAAUUUUCUCCUUUAAAAUCUACUGGAAUUACAAUGAUCGUGUUGAAAAGUUACUCUACAUUAAAGAUUUUGUGUUUAAGCAUCACCGGCGAUGCAUCAGAUGUUUAAGGGUUAAUGAGCUGCACUUUGUGGAAAAGUUUUACUAUAAAUGUGGAAGUGCAAAGAAGUCUGUUUAGAUAUUUUAACUUGAAAUUGUGUUUCUUUUGCAGAAAACUGAUAGUUUUAUGUAAUAUGAGCAAAUAAGGGUUCUUCAUAGUAGAACGAGAAAAAUGUUUUGCACUGAAUUCAUGUUUAGUACUGAAGCGCUGACCAGUUAACAGCUUUUUGUCUGCCUCCAUGCCUGUAUGGUUGGUAAUACUGCAAGCUUUGAGCAGUUUUUUUUUUCUAACAAAAGCUCACUUAAUGCUCUCACUAUGUUUAAUGUUAAUUUUGUGCUUUCAAUACAAAAAAAUAAACAAAAAAAGUUAGUCAUUGUCACAUUUUUUGACAAAUUAAAAUAAACAUUUAAUUCCAGAAAAUAGUCAAAAACAGUAUGCGCUGCCCCCUACAGGUUGAAACGAGGUAUGACAGUACAAUGUGACGCAGUACCAUACACGAAAACAAGGUUAAAUUAUUCAAAUUAUAUUUAUUGAAGCAAUCAAUCAACGCAGACAUGAUGAUGUUUGUUUACCAAAAGCUGACAUCGCCGUUCGUCAAACACACAAACAAUCCUCCAGCUGGAAGAUCCUCUCCAUAUUUAAUAUCUGCUUUAUGCAGAUUUGCUAAGCUUUGUUAUCUAAUUAAAGGGCUGCCAGCUGAAGCCAAUUAAAUGUUUAUUUCAUUAUCACAAGGGAAUGUCUCUGCUGCACUAGAAUAAAAAUUGUAGCACACAUAAAAUGUAAAAGUCUGCUGGUAUAAACAAGAACAUAGACUGAAAGUCGGCGCCACAAAAGUCUGCAAAUGUGCGAACCUCAAUACAGCUGGACUUUCCUCACUGUCAUCAUGAUCAUUUUUGGUUUAACUAUUAUAGCCAAAUUGAAGAAGGGCUGCUUUAAGAUAAUGUAUGUACAUUUUUACUGCCUACGAAGAAGAAAAUAGCUACCAAUAAAAAGACACGUUUAUCACACUAGCAUAUAUAAAAACAGAAAAGAAAAGG